UUGGAUUGAGGGAUCGUUGUUGCUGUGGGAGUUCGGGAUGAAAGUUUAUGUUUGGCAGUUUAUCGCGUGUUGAAACGAUCAAACUUGUUGUUUAUCGGCGAAAUUCUGUGAUUUGUUUGUGAACGGCGCGAGGUGUAAGAAACACAAGCUCCAAGUCGGGUGUUUUGCGGAAUGCAGUUCCAGGAUGGGCCGAGUGCAGGCCAUGGUGAUCACUGAUCGCUUCGAUUUUUACAGCAAACAGAUUUAAGAUUUGAAGCGUUUGGACUGAUCGAGCUCGUGUUUUAUCAACAUGAGUGGACAGCCUCCUCAGAGGAAACCGCCUAAUGUGGGCUCUUUGCUCCUCACCCCGCAGGAGAACGAUUGUCUCUUCAACUACCUUGGCAGGAAAUGCAUCUCUUUGUGUUCAGCAGUGGUGCAGGUAUAUACAGCAGACAGGGGCCCAUCCUGGACCAAAAGAUGCUGUGGUGUGGCUUGCUUGGUAAAAGACAACCCUCAGAGGUCUUAUUACAUCCGUGUGUUCGAUAUCAAGGAUGGAAAAACUAAGUUUGAGCAGGAGCUCUACAACAAUUUUUCAAGCAAUAGUUCAAGACCCUACUUUAUUGCAUUUGCAGGGGAUUCUUGCCAGAUUGGUCUCAACUUUGCCAGUGAAGAGGAAGCAAAGCGAUUCCGCGUAUCCCUUAAUGAUCUGACGAGCAGGCGACAGAAAAGAACUGAGAAAAGACGUGACCCACCAAAUGGGCCCACGUUGCCGAUGGCGACAGUGGACAUCAAGAACCCAGAAAUCAACAAUAUGCGCUUCCACAACAAUUCCCACAUGAACAACAUGGUGCACAGUAACCUCAACAAGAAGGAGAAGAAGGUGAAAGGCAAGAGGAAGAAACUAACAAAGGCUGACAUCGGGACACCCAGCAACUUCCAACACAUUGGCCAUGUGGGCUGGGACCCCAACACAGGCUUUGAUGUAAAUAACCUGGAUCCUGAACUGAAAAACCUGUUUGACAUGUGUGGCAUCUCAGAAGCGCAGCUGAAAGACAAGGAAACAUCGAAAGUGAUUUAUGACUUCAUUGAAAAGAAAGGAGGAGUCGAAGCUGUCAAAAAUGAAUUGAGGAGACAAGCACCUCCACCUCCUCCAUCACGUGGCGGUCCUCCACCUCCCCCUCCUCACACCUCUGGACCACCUCCCCCACCUGCCCGUGGACGAGGAGCCCCACCUCCUCCCCCACCCUCCAGAGCUCCAGCAUCUGCCCCUCCACCUCCUCCACCAUCCCGCCAGAGCAUUGGAGCACCUCCUCCCCCUCCCCCUCCAUGCAGGGGACAUCCUCCUCCCCCUCCUCCUGCACAUGCCGGCAUGCCUUACCAGGCCCCGCAGUCUCACCCUCCACCUCCUCCACCCCCACCACCAGCUGGAGGAGGAGCUCCUCCUCCUCCACCUCCUCCUCCACCACCACCUCCUGGACCACCACCUCCACCAGAGUUGGACGGAGGUGGGGACUCUGUGCCCGUGGGCGGUAAGUGUGCCCUGCUGGAGCAGAUCAGAGAAGGCACCCAACUAAAGAAGGUGGAUCACGGUAAUAACCAGCGUCCAGCAUCCACCACCAUUGGCCGUGAUGCCCUGCUCGACCAGAUCCGCCAGGGCAUUCAGCUCAAAACGGUAACGGAUUGCUCGGACUCAGGCCCACCCACUCCUGCUCCCUCGUCAGGUAUCGUUGGAGCACUAAUGGAGGUGAUGCAGAAGAGGAGCAAAGCAAUCCAUUCUUCAGAUGAAGAUGAGGAUGAUGACGACGAAGAAGACUUUGAGGAAGAUGAUGAAUGGGAGGACUAGUUCAGUCUCCAUUUGAUAGCUUCUACACAGUAGAGUAAUUGACACUAAAUUCUCACCUUUCCAAAAUGUACUCUGUACAUGUUCUUUCAAAUCGCUGUAUAUUUUUGUUGCCUUUUUUAAAAAAUAAUUUGUGCAAUACCUCAUAUAAUCUGUAAAGUAUUGUCAUGUAUCCUCUGUAAAAUAAUCUCCUGGAAUAACCAUGUGACGUUUAAUACCAGGAUGGGUUCUCUUGUUGAUUUGAAUGUUUCUGUUCCCUCGGUAGCGAGGAAUGGGAGAUGGACAGGAUCCUUUACAUUCUUGUUAAUUGUGGAUUAACGAUUGAAAGUGCUAUUUUCAUACCCUGCUUUUCUCUACCUUUGAUUUUCUUAUUCAAAUCCUAGUUUAGCAUUCUGUUUUGGUAAGAGGUUCUUCUGUCAGAAUAUUUAACCCCUCCACUCAGCCAGUCACCAGCUCCUGUAUCUUUAUGUAAAUGUACACUAGGCUGAUAUAUUACUGUUCUGUUUUGCACGAAUGUUAAGGAAAAGUCACUACAAGACCACACCACAUUCGCUGCUUUCUCACAAAUUAUUCCCUGUGGUUCCUAGUACCAGCUUAAGAUUUUACACUGCACGUAAUAAGACAGAGUGUGAAGAUAUUUUUAUUUAGUUUCUCUCUGUAUGGUGUUAUUGAAAACAAUAAUGCUAUAGAUUGAAACUGACUGGUGUAAAUGGGGCUUGCUUCGAAACACAAUCAUCCCCAAUAACAAGUCAUAUCUUAAAAAGCACUACAGAGCAUCACUAAACUUAAACCAUUUACUAGAAGCUUUGAACAAGCCAAUGCUUGACUGACAACUACAUGUAAGGUCAAUACAAGGGAUCUUUGUGUAGCCAUUAAUGCUGUUUUAACAGUGUUUGUUAAAUUUUACUGUCCUUCAAGGAUUGUGCUGAAUUUAAUCUUUAAAACUGACAUUAAACCUUAUAAAUGGGUUGCAAUGUGGAAUGAAACACUAAAUCGUAUACUAAAUAAAUGGUAAUAUUGGUU